AUGGCUUCGAUUGUGCGCCCUGCUCUUCUCCGGCAAACCGCCACGGCGGCCCGCAUGGCCCAGGCGGCCCCGAUCCGUUCCGCCUUUGUCAAGAAUUCGUCGAGAGUCGCCGCCUUCCACACAACCGCCAAGAGGGAUCUGCUGCCCGUCGGUCCUCGUACGUCUCAAUACCAUAUUCUUCUAUCAAUGCACGCAAAAACCAUUGCUAACUUCGUUCCUGCAGAGGUCAUUCAGGGUGGAGUGAACGACCCUGCCCCGGUUCCUCCCCCGAGUCCCGCCCACGGCUCCUACCACUGGAGCUUCGACCGCAUCCUCGCCGCCGGUCUCGUCCCCAUUACCAUUGCCCCCUUCGCCGCCGGCUCCCUGAACCCGACGACCGACGCCGUCCUCUGCGCCAUGAUCCUCAUCCACUCCCACACCGGCUUCCAGAACAUCAUCAUCGACUACGUCCCCACCAAGCACUACCCCAAGUCGCGUAAGGCGACCAUGUGGGGUCUGAACGUGGCCACCGCGCUAGUCGGCCUCGGCCUGUACGAGUUCGAGACCAGCGACGUUGGCGUCACCGAAGCUGUCGCCCGUUUGUGGAAGGCUUAA